CGCAUUUAGGGUGCUCCGAAAGAUCAAAUAAUUGGUUUGCAUUUACUUGGCGGUGAGAAAGAAGCGCCAAAGUAAUGCAGAAGUUAUCAACAAUUAAAACAGCUGCUAGCGCAGAACCACACCGGCCGCUAAAUUCAUAACAAACACACACGCAUACAUACUCGUAAAUACCUCGCCAAUACGAACUUUUCAGACCAACCAGGAUUUGAUGAACAAAUUGGCAACUAAAUGGCAGCGAAAGAAUCAUUUCGCGAGAGGCAGACGCAGGAAUUGGAGGUCAUAAAAUCAAUUUUCGGAAGCGACGUGGAGGAUCUGCGGCCCUACAGCACUGCCACGCAAUGGAAGCCCACAGACAUACGCAUACUGCUCACACCGCUACGGGAUUCGUCCAACGGACAGGCCCAAGCGUAUGUGUGCACCAAACUACAUGUAACCUGUCCGUCUAAAUAUCCGAAGCUGGCGCCAAAAAUAACGCUGGAGGAGUCGAAGGGCAUGUCGGACCAGCUGCUGGAGGAGCUGCUGCAGCAGCUGCAGGGGCAGUCGCAGGAGCUGCGCGGCGAGGUGAUGAUCUAUGAGCUGGCACAAAGUGUGCAGGCUUUCCUGUUGCAGCACAAUAAGCCUCCGAAGGGCUCUUUCUAUGACGAGAUGUUGCAAGCGAAGCAGAAGCGCGAACAGGAGUUGCUGGACAUGCAGAAGCAGAAGGAGACGCUAGAGCGUCAGACGCUGUUGAACGAAGUGGAGCGUCGCAAAGAAAUGUUUAAAACAGAGGCGAAGAGGCGUGGCGAGCCAAGGCGCAGCAUGAGCGAAUCGAACCAUCGGCAUCCCAGCUCGUCGGAGAGUUCGGAGAACUCGUCCCCCUACUAUCGCGGCCACAUCUAUCCGAACAGGUGUCUGGAUCAUCGCAACACCGAGACCUUGUACUUUCACAAGGUCGGGCGGCAAGUACAGCGCGGCUGUUGCCUCGGUACGUGCUUCUCUACGUCCACUUGGAAGUAUUUUUAUCUCGCUGUUUUUUCAGGUCAUUCGCAACGCGGCUGCAUUGCUUACACAGGCAUAGACAUCAAUAGCGGCCAACUGUUGUACAUAACUGAGUGGAACAUCAAGUACUCGCAGCUGGAACAGCCCUGCGGCAGUGGCGGAAAGUGCCACUGGCAAAAUACGGAUCCCAAGUGCGCGGGAAAUCAUCGCGUGGACGAGCUCAUAGCUUCGAUCGAGAAGCAGGUCGCCGUUCUGGCGCAACUGCAGCAUAAAAAUCUCAUUCAGUACGAGUGUGUAUUGUGCAUUAAGCGUAAGGAAGGACUGCUGGUCUAUUUGGUGCAGGACUUCUUGCUCGGCACAAGCGUCUUUAGCAUCUCCUCCUCCCUCGGGUGGUGCAUGGAUGGUGCCCGAAUGGUGGCCCGCGGCGUGCUCGAUGCUUUGGUCUUCCUCCACAACAAGGGCGUAUCGCACAGCCACCUGCUGGACUCGACUGUUUUCAUGGACAACGCAGGCACUAUACGCUGCACGGACUUCUCAUUGGUCCCCAGUUUGCUUGAACUGAUUGGUGGUGCUGGUCAGAGCAGCACACGCGGCGAUUUGCCGGCUCUGGGCGCCCUGGUUGAGGGUCUGAUGCCAACUAAUAGCUAUGAGAUGCGGGACUUUGUGGAUAAGUGCAAUUCAGAUCGAACGCUUUCGGCUUCGGAGCUGCUUGAGCAUCCUUUUCUGCGCAUAUUUGUAGACAAUGCGACACUGCCGCAGUCCACACAACGUCGUGGCUCCUUGGAGACCUCGCCCGCACAGCGUAAUGUUGCGGCGGUGCCCUUUCAGAUGCCUACGCUGACGCUUAGUCAGUCCCGACUACGCACCGAGUUCGAGGUGCUGAUGUAUCUGGGUAAGGGUGCGUUUGGAGAUGUGUUGAAGGUUCGAAAUAUAUUGGACAAUCGAGAGUACGCCAUCAAGCGUAUACCCCUGUCCUCUCGUAAUCGGCAACUGUACAAGAAAAUGACACGCGAGGUGGAGUUACUCUCGCGCUUGAAUCACGAAAACGUGGUUCGCUACUUCAAUAGCUGGAUAGAAAACCUCAACGAUGCGGACGCUGCCGAGCUAGACAAGGUAAUGGGCGGAGAGUGGUCGCAAAGCCAUGAGAGCACCAAGCCUGCCAAAUCGCCGCAGCUGGGCGUGGCCGUUGACGAGACGGAAAGCUCAUCCAGCAUGUGGACUGGUUACAUGCCUAAUAUGGAGGACUCAGACUCGGAUGGAAUUGAGUUUGUGGACUCAAACGGACAGGUCGCCGUCUACGAAGAUGAUGACAACGACGAGGACGAUUCUUCGCGACUCAAGGCCACCUCUCCACGUCCCCAGAUGCAGGUCAUGUACAUUCAGAUGGAGUUCUGCGAGAAGUGUACGCUGCGCACCGCUAUUGAUGAUAAUUUGUACGAGAACACAGAUAGACUAUGGCGCUUGUUUCGGGAGAUCGCCGAGGGAUUGUCGCACAUACAUCAACAAGGCAUCAUACAUCGCGAUUUAAAACCCGUCAACAUUUUCUUAGACUCGCACGAUCAAAUCAAAAUUGGCGAUUUCGGGCUAGCUACAACGAGUUUCUUGGCAUUGCAGUCGCAUGAUGGACCAACACACACGCCAGCACAGCAGCAUAUUACCUCCACCGAGGAUGGCACAGGCACAGGAAAAGUGGGCACUACGCUCUAUGUGGCCCCUGAGUUGACAGGCAAUGCCUCCAAGUCGGUGUACAACCAGAAAGUGGACAUGUACACGCUGGGCAUUAUACUCUUUGAGAUGUGCCAGCCCCCAUUCGACACCAGCAUGGAACGCGCCCAGACCAUUAUGGCGCUGCGAACAGUUUCCAUAGUAAUACCCGAGCACAUGCUGCAGGAUAACAAAUACGAGAAAACCGUCAAGAUUCUGCGUUGGUUGCUCAGCCACGACCCCGCACAACGACCCACCGCCGAGGAGCUGCUCGUGUCGGAUCUGGUGCCGCCUGCGCAGCUGGAGGCGUACGAGCUUCAGGAGAUGCUGCGACACGCUUUGGCCAAUCCACAGAGCAAGGCCUACAAGAAUCUGGUGGCCCGGUGUCUGCAGCAAGAGAGCGAUGCGGUGCUGGAGCAUACGUACCACCUGGGCAGCAGUCGCUCCAUGAAGUCCUGGAACUCGCCCAUUGUCAUGGAUGACAUUGUAUCGCUCAGUCCGGUGAUCGAGUUCGUCAAGGCCAAGGUUAUCAACCUAUUUCGCAAGCACGGAGCCAUCGAAGUUGACUCCCCGCUGCUCUCGCCACUCUCGGCGAACAAUCGCAAUGCCAGCUGCAACGCAGUCCAUUUGAUGACCCACUCCGGUUGUGUGGUCUUGCUGCCCUGCGAUCUGCGCACUCAGUUUGCUCGUCACGUCGCAAUGAAUGGCGUGAAUCUCAUUCGUCGUUACUGUGUGGAUCGUGUGUAUCGGGAGGAGCGAGUCUUCAAUUUCCAUCCGAAACAGAACUACGAAUGCUCCUUUGACAUCAUCACGCCCACGACUGGCAGCCACUUGGUCGAUGCAGAGCUCUUGUCCCUGGCCUUCGAGGUGACUAACGAGAUACCACGCCUGCGCGAGAAGAAUAUCAUCAUACGCAUGAACCAUACGAAUCUCCUGCGCGCCAUCCUCAUCUUCUGCAAUGUUCCAAAGUCUCAGUACGGGGCUCUGUUCGGCAAUAUCUUGGAUUUCAUAGAGUCUCGCAUUUCCCGCUUCCAGUUUCAUUCGAGCAUUACACUGAUCAUGGAGAGGUCACGCACCUCUGCCCAAACGUUGAUGGACAUGCUGCUCGCCAACUUCUUGUUAACUGGGUCGCGCAGCAGCGUCGACGACUCGGCCCUAAAAUCUCUCGUUCGUGGAAAGGGAGAGGCUGCAUCCUUGGCCCGGGGCGCCCUGCGUGACAUGGAGACAGUUGUGUGCCUCGCUUACAGCUUAGGAGUGACGUGUCCCAUACAUAUAUGGGCCGGACUGCCCAUCAGCUUUGAUCGCGCCAGCAGUGGGGGCAUCGUGUGGCAAAUGACCGCUGACUUGAAACCGAAUCGUUCGGGGCAUCCGUCCGUUCUGGCCGUAGGCGAGCGUUACGACAGCAUGCUGCAUGAGUUCGAGAAGCAGGCGCAGAGCUACAACGCUUCCUUGCCCGCUCGCGGUGUGCUGAGUGGCGCCGGUUUGUCAUUUUCGCUAGACAAACUGGUGGCCGCCGUGGGCGUGGAAUAUGCCAAGGAUUGUCGCGCCAUUGAUAUCGGCAUCUGUGUAUGCGGCACGCGGCCACCCUUGAAGGACGUCACAUACAUUAUGCGACUGCUUUGGUCCGCAGGAAUACGCUGCGGCAUUGUUGAGGCAGCCAGCGGUGGUGGGGACGAAGCCCUAGACUUGGCGAGACUUGGAGCCCUACACGUAAUAAUGGUGGCCGAGAAUGGUGGUCUGCGUGUGCGCUCCUUCGACCGCGAACGUUUCCAGGAGCGACACCUAACGCGUGCCGAGCUCGAGCCCUUCAUACAGAAAGUGCUGCGCAGCGACAUCUCCGGCAGCGCCAGCGUCGACUACGUCAGCCAGCUGUCAAGCAUGAACGUCUCCGGAGGGGGGCGUGGCGACAACGGCCUAAGCACCUCCAGCUCGAAUGUGAACAUAAAGAACAACUACACUCCCAGCGGACUGAGUCAGCUACCGAAUGUGCAGGUGGCCUUCAUCAUUCAUGACAAGAUGACUGCCAACUACCGGAGACGCCUGGAGAACCAGGUGACCCAGCAGAUGAGCUCGACGCUGGCUCAGUUCAUCAAGAAGGAGUCGUUUGUGGUGCUGGUGGUCGAGCUGCCGCCCUCGGUGUUGAAUGCCAUUGUGGGUGCAAUCAAUCCACGCGAGAUUGGUAAAAAAGAGACUGAAUCGGAAAUUAAUAUUGUGAUCGAGAGAUUUCCCAAAUACAGACGCUAUAUAUCGGAAAUACACGAGGAAGUUGUAGACUAUCUAAGCGAAGCGAAAACACCAAUUGUGGCCUUGUACAGCAUUUCCGAUUCCUACUACCGAGUUAUCAUCUAGAGAGGAUUGGCGCCAAGCGCAACCGAGAGAACUGCAGUGGGAGUUAGCUUUGGUGUUUUUUGCAAUUUAGUUUAAGUUCAAAGUUUAUAUAAAAAUAUUUUAUACUGAUUGGCCGCUGAAUUCUACAGAGCUACAAACUAAUUUGUACGCAAACAUUGUCGGCAGAACACUUCUAAUAACUUUAAAUACAAAUAGAUGCAUACAUAGUGUUAAGAAGAACCCAUCAAA